CGUCGUUUGCGCUCGUGUUGCAGACGGACGGACGGUCCGGGUGUCUGAGGAUGCGCGCGGCGGUCGGCGGCAGCUCGCGGUGAUUUGUGAAUCGUUACCGAGAAGGAGGAGGACGAGGCGGACACCGGAGCCAUGAGCUGCAACUGGGGCACCGAGCUGUGGGAUCAGUUCGAUAACUUGGAGAAACACACCAGCUGGGGCAUCGACUUCCUGGAGCGAUACACCAAGUUUGUGAAGGAGCGAGCGGACAUCGAACUGAGCUACGCCAAACAGAUCAGGAAUCUGUCUAAGAAGUAUCACCCAAAGAGAAGCCGAGAGGAUGAGAGCAGGUACACCUGGUGUCUGGCGUUUGCGGCGACGCUGCAUCAGCUGAGUGAACUGGCCGUGCAGAGGGAGGAGUUAGCCGAAAACCUCAACACACACAUUGUGUCCGAGCUGACGCGAUAUACGCAGGAGCUGAAGAGUGAGAGGAAGAGCCAUUUCCAUGAUGGCCGCCGAGCACAGCAGCACAUCGAGAGUUCCUGGAAACAGCUGGAAUCUAGUAAACGUCGGUUUGAGCGUGACUGUAAGGAGGCGGAGCGAGCACAGCACACGUCUGAUAGAAUGGACCUGGACAACAAGACAGAAGGAGAAAAGCGCUGCUCUCUGAAGGCUCGACAAACGGCUCAGCAGAAACAACAAGCAGCCGAAGAGUCCCGCAAAGACUAUGUGACCAGUUUAAACCAGUUCAACCAGGACCAGCACCAGCACUAUCGCACACUGGUACCAGUUAUAUACCAGCGUAUCCAGGACAUGGAGGAGCGUCGUAUUGAGCGUGUAGCAGAGGCCAUGCGUUCGUCUGCGGAGGCUGAAAGGAAGGUUCUACCUGUGGUCAGCAGGUGUCUGGACGCCAUGAUGGACGCAGCAGAGAGCAUCCAGCCCAGGAUGGACACCCGUCAGGUGGUGGAGGUGUAUAAAUCCGGCUUCGACCCUCCAGGGGACGUUGAGUUUGAAGACUACAGCGCCACCAUGAGGCGGAGCAUUUCUGAAUCCAGCUACCUUGACGACCGGACCGAGGGGCGGAGACACAGCAGGAAACUGUGGCCUUUCAUCCGCAAGAACAAACUGUUGACCCUCCUGUCGUCCCCUCGUCAGCCACCUCCUCCUCCGCCCACCUCGCCCUCACCUGGGGGUGUGUCCGACAGCCCGCAGUCCCCACCCCCGGCUUCCAGGGAGCCAAUCACACAGCGGCUCAAUGACCUCAUGACCUCCGGCUCCAGAACCAGGAAGCAGUGUCUGCGCAGCUUAAAGAGAGGACUGUCUCUUAAACUGGGUUCCAGUCCUGCAGACUGCAGCCACCUGCCUCCAGAACAGAGACGCAAGAAACUACAGAACCGAAUCAGCAACAUCAACCAGGAGAUCCAGAGAGAGAGAGAACAGAGAGACGCUCUGCUGAAGAUGAGGGAGGUGUAUGAGCGCAGUCCACAGAUGGGAGACGCAGACAGUCUGGAACCAAGACUGGAGGAGGUGAAACAGAGUCUGCAGAGACUGGAGGAGGAGCUGAGGAGACACCAGGUGUGGUUGUCGGACACAGACAGCAGGCUGUCUGACCUCAGUGGGCGUCGGCAGAGCGGAGGUUGUGGGUUGAAUUCUCAGGCGACGACGCCAGGCAGCAGCAGUCUGAAGCAGAUGGACAGUAGGAGUCCAGCCAGCAGAGAGAGUCCUGACGGCAGUUACACAGAGGACCACAGCGCUGAGCUCACCUUUAAGUCCCGCAGUUCAGAGUUCGACGACGACUUCGACGACGAAGAACCUCUGCCCAGUAUCGGCACCUGCAAGUCCCUGUACCCGUUCCAAGGUCAGAACGAGGGCACCCUGUCCAUGGUGGAGGGGGAACUACUUUCUGUGGUGGAGGAGGACAAAGGCGACGGCUGGACGCGGGUGCGGCGGAACCUGGAGGAGGAGGGCUACGUGCCCACCUCCUACAUCAAAGUCUUCCUGGACGGCAGCGCCAAAGGUGCCAUGACCUACAUUUGACCUGUCUUAACCUCUGACCAGCGGCUGAAUGUCAACCAAGGGGGGACUCUGGGGGCGGUUGCCACGGUUACGAGGAGCCGGGCAGGUGUUUGUUUACCUGUAGAACCUCAUGGUGAUCCAGCAGAAACCAAUGUCUGGGAUCAGAACCAGUUUCAGUCUGAGGUUCUACUGGAGAACCUCAGACUGAAACUGUUCUGUAUUACCCAUCAGUAUGUUCUAGAACCCGUGAUGGAACGGGUUCACACACACGUUCCACAAGUAGAACCGACCAAAGGUGGAAAAAAAAAAACAAACAGAUCUAAGGUGCAGUAAGUCCAGUUGAUUCGACAUCAGUGAAUAAUCAGGUCCCAAUAGUGAUCAGAUAUUAGACA